GUAGUCUUUUCGUGGCGCUUAUAGUUGUGAGGUUCACAUCACUGUAGAUUCACACCGCACUUGCUUUCCUUGUAGUUGUUUCUUCUUCAUUUUGAUUUGUUUUGAAGAUCGAGUUUUUUUUUUUCCUUCCCGCCCCUGGAAGGCACUAGCCAGAGUCGCCGUGAGGAAUCUGCGUUUCAGUCUUUGUUUCAUAGCGUUUCCGUUGGUUGGUCGCGCUUCUCUGCAGGCUUUAGUUGCGGUCUUUUUCUUAUUCGUAGGACCUCGACCGAAGCCAUGACGGAGCCGCAGUCGGCACUAUUACUAAGGAGACAGCUGGCGGAACUGAACAAAAAUCCAGUGGAAGGCUUCUCUGCAGGAUUGAUAGACGAUAACGACCUUUACCGAUGGGAAGUGCUCAUCAUUGGUCCCCCUGAUACACUCUAUGAAGGAGGGGUGUUCAAGGCACAUCUAACUUUUCCCAAAGACUAUCCUCUUAAGCCUCCAAAGAUGAAAUUUAUUACGGAGAUCUGGCAUCCAAAUGUUGACAAAAACGGUGAUGUGUGCAUUUCCAUACUUCAUGAGCCUGGAGAAGAUAAGUAUGGUUAUGAAAAACCUGAGGAGCGCUGGUUACCAAUUCACACUGUGGAAACAAUUAUGAUAAGUGUCAUCUCUAUGUUGGCAGAUCCCAAUGGAGAUUCACCUGCUAAUGUGGAUGCAGCAAAAGAAUGGCGGGAAGAUAGGAAUGGUGAAUUCAAAAAGAAAGUAGCUCGCUGUGUAAGAAAAAGCCAAGAGACUGCCUUUGACUGACCUUUAUUCAGCUGCUGGUAGCUACAGAUUUUCAGGGUCUCCAGUUGAGAAACAUGGCACUGUUUUUUUUACCUGCACUCUACCCACCUAUUGCUGGACUUGUCGUUUAAUACAGGUUGGCAGACACAUACAGAUUUGCAAGGUGGCUAGUAGCAGAAAGAAAAUGUAGCCACAGCAUUGAAAGUGCCAACUCCCAGAAGAUCAUGCAAUUCUUAUGAAGUCCUGCGAACUGCUUAAUUUCAGGAAAAACUGUAAAGUUGUGUACAUAGCACAAACAUGAACCGAGUAAUAUAUAAACUUCAUCUUCAUUCAGCACUGCACAUAGAACCAAAUAAAUAGUGCUUCUGUAGUUAGAAUAUGAACAGUGUACAUCCUGCCAGAGUUUAGUCAUCCUGCCCAUAUCCUGUAACUUGGUGCAAUUACAGGUUACUCUGAAGAAAGCCAUGUCAAUUGAUAACUGGGUAGCAGACUUCAGUUGACAACAUUUUCUAAUUCUUUAACUGUGAAAAAUGCAUUUUCAGGUUCACCUUUCUUUGGCUAUCUGAUCUUGGAAGCCACCUUAUUAAAAUCAUGGCGGCUAUGUUUACUCUCCCCUUCCCCACUUGCGGGUGUAACUCUAAGUCAGGGCCUUGUGGUUUUAACUUUAAACUUAAGCGGGAUGUUUAAUACCCUGGAUGGCAUCUUUUAAAGCACCUCUGCCUAUUUGGGCUGAAAUUGGCUUGUAAGGUAAGUGAUGUUAAAGCCUGUGGAAAUUUUUUUUUUUCUCUAUUAUUGCUUUUCUUUUCCUUCAGAAGUGCCUCCUGUUCAAAUGGUUGGUUUUUUCCUCCCCACUUUCAAUAUGAACACAUGAAAGCCCAACAGAUACCUGCUUCAUUUAAAAUUACAGGUGAAUGGGAAAAUGUUUGGUGUAGCAAUAACCAGCCUUGCCUCACCCUAGCGCACUAUGGAAUGGUGCCACGUCCAUUUUAAGCUUUCUGUGUGAUUUGAAGGUCUUAGAAGCCAAUACCCACUAAAGAAGAUGUCAUUUUAUUGGCUUGUGUCUGUGUUUUUUAGGUAGGGAUGUGAAGCAUGCUUUCAAUGUAGGUCUACUUGUGGGCAGUUUUCAGGUUUGGUAUUCAAGACUGUGUGUCUGAUUUUAAAAUGCCUUUUGUUUAAUGGCUCUUAAACUACUGCAUUUUUUUCUUGCAUAAUGUACAAAGACAAAAGACUGUAUAUUUUUCAUGUAAUGGAAAUUGUCUCAUGUAGUGUUCUUCCAAAAUAUAUAUAUUUUCCAGUAGAUAUUUCUGUAAAUUGACAAUUAAUGACAUUUUGUCAAAGGGUGACAAAGGAGAAUGGGGAGGAGGGUGGACAUGGGCAGAAACUGGGGCUGAGGACUUAUGGAUGAAUUUUGAGGUAGAGGUAAGGGUUGCAAAUAAGCGUUCAAGAAAGACCUAAAUGUUUUUCAUGGUUAAGGGCUGUUUUUUUUUUUUUAUAUAUAUAUAUAUAAAUAUAUAUUAAAAGUGUAUUGCUUCUUAUACCUCUUAUAAAUUCAACGCUCAAACUAAAUUGUCCUAGUACCGUUCCAUAAUAUUUAAGUGUGUUGCAUGUCGCCUUGUGAAUUCAGAAAUGUUUAUUUUGAGAUGGUUUCAGUGUACUUGCUACAUCUACUUGAAUAUUAAUUUACUGAGACUUUUUUUUUAUUUUGAGGUUCUCGUUUGAAUUAUACAGUAUUAUGUCAUCUUUGAAAGAGGCGACUUGUCCUAACAUCUCUUGACAACGCAUCUUCAGUAUCAAUUUUCCUUUUACAUUAAACUGGUGAUUCUUUAAGAUGCCAUACAAAUUUCACUUAAACUGCAUGACAUACUAGGGUUUGUGUUUAGGGUAUUUCAUCCUUCCAUCAAACUCAUUUAGUGGUUUCAAAUGUACCACAAGUUCAUUUUAGCUAUGCUUAUGCUCGAAGGAUGUAAACGUUCAGGGAAUGUGACAGACCUAUGAUGAUGUAUUAGAAUCAACCAUAGAAUAAUUAAGUAAUAUCUUUGGCAAACUCAUUGAGGACAUGCAACUUUUUAUGUAUAGAAAAAAAUUCAUAUAUGCCAGCUAAACUCAUGCCUAACCUCUGCUGUUCUGAGUACACAGUUGCUUUUGAAGAAGAUUAUUCUGAAUCCUCCUUUUCUAGUUAUGAAUAACUUGGACCAACUUUCUCUACUUUCAUCCUGAGAAUGCAAAGUCUGCUAAAUGUACGUCAUGGCUCCUGCCAGAGCUUUGUUGGAUUGGGUGUUGGGGCAGGACAGACCUUUUUAGAUACAUCUGCUUUAUUUCUGCCAGAAUACAACUAAUUCGUUGUUAGUUUAUAUAGUGUUUGACUGCAUAAUUUGAGAGGUUUUAUGUAGUCAUAUUUGAAUAGUACUGCAAUUUAAAUUCAGUGUCUUUAGCAAUAAAGUGAUCUGGGUCUCAUUUUCAUUUAAUAUAGUUAUUCCACACUAUCACCAUCAAGCUAGAUUUUUCUUAAUAGUGUAAAGUCAAGAGCUGGAAUUUGAUUUUGCAUGAACAUACUUUAAAGAGAAAAGUCAUGAGGCAGACAUGGAAAAGGAAUUGCCUCUACUAUGAAGACUGGUUCAUUUGAUAAAGUCUCAGUGAUUAUCUCUAAAGCCCUCCCAGGUUGUUUUAAGCACUUAUGUGAAAGCAAACCAGUAUUUAUAAAAUGGUUGGUACAAUGUGUGUGGAUAAGUUAAUACGUACUGGGGGGGUUGGGGGUAGGAGGGUUGCAGAAUUAAGACCUGUAUCUACAUCUCUUGUCUCCAGUUCCUUCAAGAAGUGCAGAUUAUCUUUAGGCUUGAGGCAAUCAUUUUGUGUGUUUUAGUGUGUGAUGGUGGGUUGUGUGUUUUGAUUGAAGAAAUACUGAUCCGUGAAAGGUUGUCUUUUACUGCUGCUUCAGAUGGCCAUUUAGUUAAUCUAACAUUUAUUUAUGUACUAAUCAAUGCUUGUGGCUUAAUGGAAUAUUUGGGACAAAUUAAACACCUUCAUUUCAAAGACCACAUAUCAAUCUUCAAAUUAGUUUAAGUGACUUCGAACAAACUUUGGCAGUUGGAAAAAAACCCAUAUUGCAUCAGGCUAAACUAUUAUGAGACGGGUACCUAAAUUAAUGGCAGCAACUACAAAACAGUACUAAUGUAGAUGUGAAAUGUACUGAUAUGAGAAGCACCAAAUGAGUACAAAAAAGUAUAGUACUUUUUUAAAAUCAUGUGUUUUUCAAAAAUGACAAAGUAACCCCAUGCAUACCGUACUACAAGAUGCAGGUCUUCAUUGUGGUGAUGCCUUAAUUGGUUUAAUCUUGGAACAAAGGGGGCAUUUAUUUGGACAGUACAAUAAGGUAGGUGCUACUUUGUUAGUUCUAAAAAUGAUUUGGACAAAUAGAGCAAGUUGAUUGUGUUGCCAAUUACUUUAUAAAGUAGAUUAACAUGUACCUUACUGCAAAGAAUUGGUGAGGUCCUGAUUGAACUAUAGCACUCGAAUGAUCAGUCAAUAAAUAGAAAUAAUUAAAGGUUAAGACGAUGACUUUUAA